AAAAAAUAUAUAUUGCUACGUAACAUGAUGUGAUCUAGCAGUUGAACUUAGGGCUUGUUCUUCAUUCUUCAAUAAUGGAAACAAAGAUGAAUGAAUGUGAUAGCUUAGACUCUCCUACAAGAUGGAAAAUGAAGAAGGAAGAUGAAGAUAGGAAGCUCAAAUUAAAUGGAAAUAUGGAAAUUGAUUUUCAAAAGAUGGGAGGACAAGAAAGAAAGAUGUUGAUUGAUAAUUUACUUGCUAGGGAUGAUCACGAGAACUUCCUUAGACGAAUUCGACAGCGUUUCGAUAUGGCAGGAGUUGAAGUACCAGCAAUUGAAGUGAGAUUUGAACAUCUAUCGGUGAAAGGUGAUGUGCAUGUUGGAAGCAGAGCUCUACCCAACCUGCUUAAUACAACCCUAAACUUUUUAGAGGCAAUUUUGGGGAUUGUACGGCUGGCUCCAUCGAAGAAAAGGACCCUCCACAUACUUAAUAAUGUUAGCGGCAUUAUUAAACCCUCCAAGAUGACAUUACUCCUCGGACCACCAAGUUCAGGGAAAACGACAUUGUUACUAGCGCUUGCAGGGAAACUCGAUCCUGAUCUAGAGGUAUCUGGGAAGAUAACAUAUUGCGGCCAUGAACUAAAAGAAUUUGUUCCCAGGAGAACUUGCGCAUUUAUUAGGCAAAAUGACAUACAUCUUGGUGAAAUAACUGUAAGGGAGACAGUAGAUUUUUCAGGGAGAUGUUUAGGUGUUGGAAAUAGGAGAGUUUUGCUGAAUCAAGUAUUGAAAAAAGAAAAAGAAGCAGGAAUUAAACCAGAUCCAGAGAUUGAUGCAUUCAUGAAGGCCACGGCAAUUCAAGGCCAAGAAUCAAGUCUUAACACUGAUUAUGUGCUUAAGAUACUUAGCUUGGAAAUGUGUGCUGAUACCAUAGUGGGUGAUGAUAUGCGAAGGGGUAUCUCUGGUGGUGAAAAGAAGCGUCUAACUAUUGGGGAAAUGUUGGUUGGACCUUCCAAAGUUCUAUUAAUGGAUGAAAUAUCAACAGGAUUAGAUAGCACAACAGCAUUUCAAGUAUGCAAGUAUCUAAGUGAAAUGACUCGUGUCAUGGAGAUGACAACAACAUUUAUUUCUCUCUUACAACCAACCCCAGAGACAUAUGAACUCUUCGACAACAUCAUUCUCCUAUCCGAAGGCCAAAUUGUGUACCAAGGUCCACGCCACAAUGUCCUUAACUUCUUCGAAUAUGUUGGAUUCAAAUGUCCCGAAAGAAAAGCAGUAGCAGAUUUUCUCCAAGAAGUAACCUCAAAAAACGACCAGCAACAAUACUGGUCUAAAACCCAACCUUACAGAUACGUUUCUGUUCCUGAAUUUGUCGAAAAUUUCUGGUCGUUUCAAAUUGGAUCAAUGCUCGUAUCAGAUCUAAGUUUACCUUACGACAAAUCGAAUACUCAUCCUAGUGCCUUGGUGAAACAAAAGUAUGGUUUGUCGAAAAUGGAGCUACUUAGAGCUUGUUUUUCAAGGGAAUGGUUGUUAAUGAGACGAAAUGGGUUUCUGUACAUUUUUAAGAGUGUGCAGAUUACAGUUAUGUCAGUUGCCACAAUGACAGCAUAUUUUAGAACAACAAUGCACCAUAAGACAGUUGCAGAUGGUGAAAAAUACUUGGGUGCUAUAUUUUUUGGUCUAACAAAUUUUGUUUUUAAUGGAAUGGCAGAAACUACUUUAACUGUUAUGGGACUUCCAAUAUUCUAUAAACAGAGGGAUUUCUUGUUUUACCCUGCUUGGGCUUAUGGCUUACCAGUUUGGGUGCUUCGAAUUCCUAUAUCAUUUAUAGAAUCUGCAUUGUGGACUGUUCUUACUUAUUACACUAUUGGGUUUGCUCCAGCUGCUAGUAGGUUUUUCAGCCAGUGGCUAGCUUACUUCUGUAUACAUCAAAUGGCGUUAUCAUUCUUUCGGCUUGUUGGUGCUUUAGGGAGAACAAUUGUCAUUGCUAAUGCUAUGAAUAUGCUUAUAAUGGUAGUUGUUUUUGUACUAGGUGGUUUUAUCAUAGCAAAAGCUGAUGUUGGUCCGUGGAUGAUAUGGGCGUACUACCUUUCUCCUAUGAUGUAUGGACAACAUGCUUUGGUAAUCAAUGAAUUUCUUGAUAAAAGAUGGACUACUCCAAAUCCAGAUCGUAGGAUAAAAGAACCAACUAUUGGUAGAGUUAUUCUUGCAUCAAGAGGUUUCUUUAAGCACCAGUAUUGGUUUUGGAUAAGCAUUGGAGCUCUCAUUGGGUUUUCUCUUCUCUUCAACCUCUUAUACAUCUUGGCAUUGACAUAUUUAAAUCCUCUGAAGGAUUCAAAAGGAGCUGUACAAGACGAGACUGAGAAGGACAAAAAGAUAUCUUCUGGGGAGGAACUUAAUGACAUUAAUGAGGAGGAUGAAUUAGGCCCUUCAAUGAAAAAUUAUUCAUCUAAGGGCACACUUAAUAGAGGAAUGGUUUUGCCCUUUCAACCUCUUUCCUUAGCUUUCAACCAUAUCAAUUACUAUGUAGAUACACCAUCUGAAAUGAAAAGUCUAGGAUAUGAAGAAGAUCGCUUACAAUUGCUACGAGAUGUAAGUGGAGCUUUUAAGCCAGGGGUACUAACAGCACUUGUAGGCGUAACCGGUGCUGGAAAAACCACUUUGAUGGAUGUUUUGGCUGGAAGAAAAACCAGUGGAUAUAUACAAGGUGAAAUCACUGUUUCUGGUUAUCCGAAAAAACAAGAAACAUUUGCAAGAAUCAGUGGUUAUUGUGAACAGAUUGACAUCCAUUCCCCACAUGUUACUGUUUAUGAAUCCCUUCUAUACUCAGCUUGGCUUCGUUUAUCUUCUCAGAUCGACCCAAAGACUCAAAAGAUGUUCAUUGAAGAAGUCAUGGGAUUGAUAGAGCUUGAGCCAAUUAAGGAUGCACUGGUUGGAUUACCAGGAAUGAAUGGGCUUUCAACGGAGCAAAGAAAGAGAUUAACAAUAGCAGUAGAGUUGGUUGCAAACCCAUCAAUUAUAUUCAUGGAUGAACCAACCUCAGGGCUUGAUGCUAGAGCUGCUGCCAUUGUUAUGCGUACAGUAAGAAACACAGUUAAUACAGGAAGAACUGUUCUUUGCACAAUCCAUCAGCCAAGUAUUGAUAUCUUUGAAUCUUUUGAUGAGCUCCUACUAAUGAAAAGAGGGGGUCAAAUUGUAUAUGCUGGGCCCCUUGGGGACAAUUCCCUAAAGCUAAUUGAAUACUUUGAAGCAAUCCCAGGAAUUCCAAAGAUAAAAGAGGGUUAUAAUCCUGCUACAUGGAUGCUUGAUAUUACUACUCUUCAAGUUGAGUCUCAUUUGGGAGUAGAUUUUGCACUACUUUAUGCCAAUUCCCAGCUUUACCGGAGGAACCAAGAAAUGAUAAAAGAGCUGAGUACUCCAUCACAUAAUUCAGAGGAUCUACAUUUCCCAACAAAAUAUUCCCAGCCAUUUAUAACUCAAUUUAGAGCGUGUUUUUGGAAACAAUAUAGAUCGUAUUGGCAAAAUUCAUCAUAUAAUGCUGUCAGAUUCUUCAUGACCACCCUCAUGGGUGUUUUGCUUGGUCUCAUGUUUUGGAACAAAGGAACUAAACUAGACAAACAACAAGACUUGAUGAACUUAUUAGGAAUAUUAUUUUCUGCAAUACUUUUUCUUGGAGGAAGUAACGCAUUAAACGUCCAAGUAGUUGUUGCAAGUGAAAGAACUGUAUUUUACCGUGAAAGAGCUGCAGGGAUGUAUUCUGCUCUACCUUUUGCAUUAGCACAGCUAGCAAUAGAGAUAAUAUACAUUGCAAGUAUAAAUAUGGGUUACGCUCUUCUGCUGUAUUCUAUGAUCGGAUUCGAGUGGACUGUUGGAAAGUUCUUCUAUUUCUACUACUUCAUAUUCAUGUGCUUUGCGUAUUACACUGUAUAUGGAAUGAUGCUUGUUUCAUUGACACCACGUCCUGAAAUCUCCGCCAUCUUGAUGACAUUUUUUGUUACCUUGUGGAAUCUCUUUGCUGGUUUCCUUCUUCCUAAACCGCAAAUUCCGAUAUGGUGGAGAUGGUACUAUUGGGCAUCCCCGGUAGCAUGGACAAUGUAUGGUUUAGUGACUUCACAAGUUGGAGACAAGACUUCUGUUAUUGAUGUACCUGAAGCUGGUAGCGUACCAUUAAACAACUUCUUAAAACAACUCUUAGGUUUUGACUAUGAUUUUUUACCUUAUGUUGUGAUUGCCCAUCUUGCAUGGGUGAUUCUUUUCUUCUUCGUUUUUGCCUACGCUAUCAAAUUCCUCAACUUUCAAAAACGAUGAUCCAAAUAAAAUCAUAAAAGUUUUCCCUUUCACUCUCAUAAUAAUGUAAACAAAUUGAUAAAUAGAUUUUUAAUCAUUUUUAAUUUCACACUAAUUUUCUUUUUUUUUUUCCUCUAGUCAUUCUACUACAUUUUUAGCCCUACAAAUUAGCUCAGUGCGAAAAUCUCUGCUAUUACCUAUUUACUCUCUGCAAUGGUACAUUUGCAAAGUUACGCUUGGAAACUAAUGGCAUGACACAUGGCAUACAAUAAUUGGUUAAUUUAUAUAUUUUUUUGUUUAUUAUACUGUCUAUUUGCUUUUUGGACGUUAUUCAUCUCUUACUCUUAAUUUGUAUUUUAUUGUCAAUCUAUAAGUUAAAACAUAGUCAAGUAAGAUCUUGUUUGAUUCAUCUCAAUGCAAACAAUAUUCAUAUCAACUUUCAUAAUUUUUUAUUAUGCACAAUUUGAAGUAUUAACGAUUGAAUAAGUGCAUUGAA